UAAUAAAUUACAAAUGUUAACUUGAUAGUUGAUAUUACAAUAUAUGUAUAUAUUUUUACAUAUAAAUAAUAUAUAUGCAUACAUGUACACAAUUUUCGGUCACAAAAAAUCGCGGAUUCCGUCCAGCGUUGCAGUUCCGCUUUAACCGUCAAUAACGUCGGCCAGUGACACGCAACGGCACACCAUCGCCCUCAACCGAUGUUGAGCAUCGUCCGGGCACCGCCGAGCACCGACUGCUGAAAGUGGUGAUCGCGCCGACAGUUGAUGUACAGUGAACGGGAUCCGUGUGCGCUGCGGAUAUCGUAUUUCUAUGCCGACUACGUUCGACCGUCGACUAAAUCAUAAUUGGUGACAACGGAAUGCGGUAACCAGGUAAAAUAACCAAAUCGUGAAAGCAAUGCAGAAUGUAUUUUCCCGGGACAUGUUUUCUAUGGGUCCAUUUGACGGUGGAGUCAAAUGUAAUGGACAUGUUCAGUUGCCUGGACGUACGACAAAAAAAGACCGCAAGGGGUGUAAAAAGGAAAAAAUUGAAACUGUAUUGAAGAAUCGGCUGAUUACUUCUCCGAAAUCUAAUAAAACACCUUCGCUUAAAUCAUCUAAAAUGAAUCUAAAAACUAAAAACCAAGUCAUUAGGCAGAUUAUUAGUGAAUCAGAAGAAAACAUGUCUUUAGAUUCUGCGGUUAAUAAACAGAAUCUUAAAGAAGAUGUGAAGAUGUUUAAAGAGCUCGUGUACAGUAGUACAUCUCCAACACUACCUUCAAUUGAUGUCCAAGAAAAAGUUGAAGAUCGUUUGCCUACCAUGACUGAAGUUACACCCAAAAAAAUUACAGCCAAAAAACGAAAUAAAAAUAAGGCUGAAAAAAAUGGUUUGAGUGUGAAUAAAAUACCUGAUAAAAUAGAUCCUUCUUGUAUUAAUGAUAAGAAUCAGUUAAGUUGUAAUGUAAUUACUAUUCCACCUAAAAGAAAGUAUGCCAAGUUGACUAAUUGGCAAAAAGAUUGUGGCACCCGACAUGAAACAUUGCAAAGGAUACUAAAGGAAUUUGAAAAAGAAGCCAAGUUAAGAGAAGAUCUUUAUCAUUUUGAUUUACUAUCAUCUGAUGAGGACACUGAUAACCCAUUAAAUUUGGAGUUUGAGGAUGCUCCAUAUCAACGAUUCUGGUUACCUUCCGAUCGAAUUGAACCUACUGAUCGAGAUGCCAAAGUUAAAAAUUUGCGAUCAAUACUUCGACGAAGGUUUCAUCAACUAUCUAAUCUUCCUGAUAACUCACCAUCACCUGAUUUAGUAUUGGCAUUGACAGACGCUGCAAGGCAUGAUACUGUUUUAAUUAACAAUUUAAUUUGUCCAGAAUCUAGUUCUAAAUCUAAACUCAAGAGAAACGAUGGUAUAGUUACGGUACAACAGAAAUGCUGUUUGGAAAUAUGUCCAUACCCUGCUAUUCCAUGUACGCGUCAUUGUUUUAGACAUAUUCUAAGGAACGUUGAUCAACUCCUUUUUGAACAUUGUUCUGCUCGAACUAAUCAAGGUCGGUGUACAAAUGCUGUAUUUAAUGUUUGUAAUGUGCAACCUUUAUGCUUUGAACAUUUAUACUCAAAAGAAACAGUAAUUCAAGCCGAAGAAAUACCUGCUACUAAGUCAAAACCUCGCAAAAGGCCUAAAAAUGCGCCAUUUAACAAACUAUCAAAACGCAAUAAAAAGAAAAAACAACUGCCUAAACACCCUCUUGAACCCCCACCAUACACAGAGGCAAUUCAACCUAAUACUAUUGAGCCAAUUACUUGUACGAACGAGUUGCCACAAAAUAUAAAUUGUGAUGUUACAUCACUUUAUUCAUCUGUAGCUAAUCCUGAUAUUUAUCUUCACCCUGUUGGUGGCAAUAUUAUAAACAGUGAGGUUGAAGUUGGUGAUGAAGUACUUGCUGGCUUAGAUACAGUUGAUUUAGGAAGUCAUGCAUCGCGGUUACUUGAAGAUCACGAUGAUAUAACAAGUGUUUUCAGUCAAAUACCCGUAGAUGCUUUCAAUGAUCUCUUUACUAUUGAUAAAAAUGGUCAGUAUGUACCAUCUCGUGAAGAAACAGAAGAAUUAGAACGAGCUUUAGAGGCUGUUGAUAUGGAUGUUCGAUCAUUGGAAAGAUUGUCACAAUCCCACAUGGCCAAUAUCUUAGAUCCUGCUUCUCUACUAGCAGAUUUACCGAUACCUCCUUUUUCCAGCUCAUAGCAAAUUCAAAAUAUUAGGAAAAAUAAGAUAAGAGACUUCACAGGUGCACAGAUUAGUGAGAAGAUAAUUAAAAUUAAUUAAUAAUAUUAAUAAUUAAAUAAAUGAAAAUGUUAAAAAAAUUAGUUAUUUACUUAUGACGAGGCAGUGUUAGUGUAUAAUUAUAAAAUAAUAUUUUGACAACUGACUGGUAAGUGAGCAAUAUCCAAUUUUACACAAGUAAAAAGUUGCUAAAUGGCUUUGUAGAUUAUAGAAGUCGUGUUACAUUUUUAUAUAAGAAAAACCUUCAUAAAUUAAUUUAACGACUAAUAAUUAUACUACAAGUGUUAUACAUUGUAUAUUUAAAAAUGUAAUGUAUCUGAAAUGAUAAUAAUUUUUUUACUCAACAAUUUCGCAAGACUUAACAAACUGGCAGCCGAUAUUAAACUUUAUUUUUUGCAAUUAAUAUUGUUUAAUUUCUUUAAUUAUUCUAUGUGUAAUAAUAAUCAAUAAUUAAUGCAAAUAUUUCGUUUAUACCAGUUGCACAUUCCACUUGCGACUGUACAUUAUUUUUUUUUUUUUUUUAUAAUUGUCAAUACUUAACAUAAUUUAUUACUAUUAUUUAUAUUUUGUAUCGUUUAAGUGAACUCUUCCACAAUCUUGUAAAUAUUGGAACGUGGUAACUUUUGCAUUUUAUUUUCUUCUUUGUGUAUGUUCUUUUUUUUUUUUUACAUAUAUAUAUAUUAUAUAUAUUUG